AUGGCCAGUAUCGAAGGUGCUGCUGUGUCUGCAAUUUUGAAAAUUUUGGCAAACAAGUUAGCUCCAUCGAUGUUGAAGCAGUACAGCUCUAUAGUGGGUGUGACAAUGGAUCUCCAGGAUCUCAAGGGUCGAUUUGAGGAUAUCAGCUCCUGGCUAGAAAAAGCAGGAUGUAAAACAAUGGAUAAUGAUCAAUUUUUCAUCAGAAAAUUGAAACACGUCGCAUACGACAUUGAUGAUAUUGUUGAUGAGUUCCAUCUAGAGGCUGAGAAGCAUGAAGCUGAAGUUGCCAACAAUAUUGUGUCAAAAUGUCUCUGCACAAAACCAAAAUCAUAUCUGUUUCAAUUCAAGGCUGCCCUCAAGAUCAAGGCUAUAAAGAAUAGAUUUGAUGCAAUAGUGAAGCAAAGAACUGACUUCAGUGCAAUAGUAAACAGUUUGCCGGAAGGUCAUCCUGUUCCACACAUGAACAGGACUGCCAAGGCAACUCCAACAGUGCCAAAUGUUGCUGUGGCAUCAAUAAUAUGUGGAAGAGAGCGAGAAAAGCAGGAAAUAAUAUCUAAACUGGUGGACAAAAAUAACCAACAGAUAAUCAAGAUAGUCUCCAUAAUUGGGCUUGGUGGCUCUGGGAAAACUGCCUUGUCUAACCUAGUUUUCGGUGAUGGUAACUCCGUAAAGGAUCAUUUUGAAGUAAGAAUAUGGGUUCAUGUGCCCCAAGAAUUUGAUGUCCAACAGCUUAUGAUGAAGAUGUUUGAAGCCAUUACUUAUCAAAAAUCUGAACAUCAUUCCAUACAGAACAUAAUUCAAACUAUAGCAGAUACAUUGACUGGAAAGAGGUAUUUGCUUGUAUUAGAUGAUGUCUGGACUGUGGACCGAAGUCAAUGGGAAGAUUUUAUGUUAUAUAUAAAGAGAGGAGCACCUGGAAGUAGUAUUUUGUUGACAAGUCGCAAUAGAAAUGUUGCAGAAGCAGUGGAAUCAACAGAUCUGUCGAAGUUGUCGUCCUUGUCUAAGGAUGAUAGCUGGACAGUGUUCACUCAGAUCAUUGGUGAGGACAUAAAAGGUUUGGACUCUGAAUUAUUGGAAGUUGGGAGAGAGAUUGUGAAUAAAUGUGGUGGGGUGCCACUUGCAAUUAAAGUUCUUGCAAAUGUCCUUCGUGGCAAGACACGUAUAGAACAAUGGAAGGCCGUGAGAGACAGUAAUCUACUAGAUGCUGAGGAUAAAGAGCAUAGAGUAUUAGCAAGCUUGAUGUUGAGCUAUUCCCAUUUACCAUCCCAUCUGAAACGGUGCUUCACAAUAUGUUCAUUGUUUCCUAAAGGCCUUCCGCUCGAUAAACAACAAUUGGUUGACCAAUGGAUUGCUCACAAUGUGAUUAGUUUGACUCAUGGUUACAAUUGCUUGGAGGAUGUUGGCGACGAGUGCUUCAAUUCACUUGUGCAAGUUUCUUUUCUCCAGGAUGUGAAGGAAUAUUUUGGGAGAGUGUGUUGCGAGAUGCAUGAUUUGCUUCAUGAUCUUGCCAAGUUCAUCUUGUGCAAGCAGUUCCACAAAAUACCCCAGAUACUUUUACCAGAUUCAAUUGGUGACUGUAAUAUGCUUUCAAGCAUUUAUCUUUGCCAGUGCAUGGAGCUUGCAGCCUUGUCAAAUUCUAUUGGUAGAAAUAAAAAGCUAAGAGUUCUUAAACUAGAUCAUACCAAGAUUAAGGAGCUACCAGUAGUUAUAACAAAAUUGAGAAAUCUACAAUGUUUGAGUCUACGUAAUUGUUAUAGGCUGGUAGAGUUGCCCAAAGGCAUCGGAAAUUUGGAUAAGCUUCAAUUUUUGAACCUAGAAUAUUGUGUGCAGCUAGUAGAGCUACCUAAAGAAAUUAACAACUUGGAGAAGCUUCAAGUUUUGAACUUGGAAAAUCGUGGGGAACUGGUAAAUCUACCUGAAGGCACUAGCAAGUUGGAGAAGCUUCAAGUUUUGAACCUCGAAGGCUGUAGGAAGCUGGUAGAGCUGCCUGAUGGCAUUGUCAAGUUUGAGAGGCUUCAAGUUUUGAACCUGAAAGAUUGUGAAGAAUUGAGAGGGAUGCCUAUAGGCAUUGGACAAUUCAGCAGUCAACUACAAAAGUUGCCCUUAUUUGUUGUGGGUAACGGUAAAAGUUUGCUGGAAUAUCAGAGCUCGCAAAUGUAGGUAGGAAUAGUGAAGGUCUAAUUAUCAGAGGUAUUUCACAUGUGUUGGAGAAAGAUGAUGCACAUAAGGCAUGCUUGAAAGAGAAGACAAAUUUACAGAGGUUGAAGCUAGAAUGGAAGAUGCGUCAGAAAGGUGAGGUGAACACUGAGUUUUUCUUUAAUGAAAAGGUGGACACUAUGUUGGAGGAGGCUGUACUUGAUGGCC